CGUGUCAAUGAAAAAAAAAGUUGCACAAAGACCCAUAUAUUUCGGGGCUUCCAUACGAUUUUUGAGAGAUUCGAGCAACCCAUCUCUGGUUGUUUUAAUGUUGCAAUUCUUGCAUUGACUUUGACAUUCAUCUAUAAGCAGAAAAUUAGUUUCGCCGUUUGUUGAUUUAUCGUCUCCAGUUAGAAAAUUAAAGGACAAAAUGUCGAAAUUUCAGUGUGAAACUUACACGCUGAGAUGGAAAGUUUGCGAUUUUCUAAUUGCUUGCGAAAAUAAGUCACUAAUUAAAUCAUCACUAUUUCCAAAAGAAAAAGUGGACAAUGUUCAGUGGUGUCUAGAAGUUCAAUUUACGAAAUUAAGUAAAGAUAAUCAAGAUAUUUUUCAAUUCUCUUUGAUAAAUACAGAGAGCAUUAGAAAAAAUGUUUGCAUCAACAUCAGCAUUUUUAGUAACGAAAAAAUCAAGAAGAUCAUCAAUUCUUAUCCUUCUUGUGAUAUUAUAACAAAAUGGGAGAUAAAGGCAACCGAAUUAUACCAGGUGCUAGUUUUCGACAAUAGACUUCCAACGAAUAUUGUUAUUUUCUGCGAGGUUGUUCUCAUGAAGGAAGUAAAAAGUGCACUAAAAAGUUCAUCAAGUUCUUUGGCCAGAACUCUUCAAUCAAACGAACUUUUGUCACAAUUGAAGAACUCAAUUUCUGAUGAAGCUUUCAAGGAUGUUAUUUUUAAGGUUGAGGAUGAAACUUUCACAGCGCAUAAAUUUAUUUUAGCCCUCAGAAGUCCAGUGUUUGCCAUAAUGUUCAAAAAUCACGUGGUCGAGAAACUGAUGCCAGUUUUUAAAGUUGAGGACAUGAGGGCAACGAUUUUUCAAAAAGUCCUUCAAUUCAUUUACACCGACAAUGUCGAGGAUAUUGACGACUUAGUUUUUGAUUUAUUUUGUGCAUCAGAAAAGUACGAGUUGGACAAUCUGAAAAUAAUGUGCAUUAACAAUUUGUACGCCAAUCUUUCUUGUGAAACUGUUAUAAAAACUCUUGAGCUCGCCGAUAUAUUUUCAAUUUCAAAAUUAAAGGAAGAGUCACUGAGAUUUUUGGUCACCAACUUAGCAACUAUAAGUUGUAAAGAAGAUUUUGUCGCUUUAAUCAAGAAAAGGGAGAAUUUAUCAGUGGAAAUUUUCAAAAUGUUCGGUUCAAUGAACAACGAGAAGGAAAAUGAUAACAAUUUGCUUACGGAUUUCAGUUCUUUGUUUGAUGACGAAGGCAGUAAAGGUGAUUUUGAAACCAUGGAUGAAGAUAAUUCGGAAAAAAUGAGCAAUCCACCUGCAAUUGUCGCUGAUCAUCAAAAGAAUCGAGAAAAAGAGGAAAAAAAUAAAAAUCUUAAACAAAAAAUUAAAGAGGAGAAAAAAAUUGAAAGUAAAAUAAAUUCACAUGCAAAAUCGAAGAAUCAAAUUAUCAAUAAGAAUAACAAACAUGAUAGUGAGAAAUUUAAUGAUCAAAUACUUAGGAAAAAAAAUUAUCGUUCCUACACACCAUUUUUGAAUGCAAGAAAUUAUCCUUCCUUCAUUCAUCAUCGUCAUCAACAUCAUCCAUUAAAUUAUUGGAAAAAUGCUAAUCACCAUUGGUCAGCUUAUUGAUUAUUUUUCAACUUACUAUCGAUCAACAGACAAGUAUUGAUAAAAAAUUACAAAUGUUAAUAUAA